CUUUGUUUAUUUUCACUUCCGGUUUAAAGAAAAAACGUCUUUCAAAGUUGGAUCUUUACAUUGACAUCUCAUUAUGGACAUCAGACCAAACCACACGAUAUACAUCAACAAUUUAAAUGAAAAAAUUAAGAAAGAUGAGUUGAAGAAGUCUCUAUAUGCCAUUUUUUCCCAGUUUGGCCAAAUCUUGGACAUAGUGGCGCUGAAGACACUAAAAAUGCGAGGCCAGGCAUUUGUCAUUUUCAAGGAUAUCAAUAGUAGUACAAACGCACUACGGUCCAUGCAAGGCUUCCCCUUUUAUGACAAACCUAUGAGGAUCCAGUAUUCUAAGAAGGACUCUGACAUGGUAGCAAAGAUGAAGGGUACAUUCGUUGAGCGGCCAAAGAAGAAGAAGGAAGAGGAGGCCCAGGCGGAGAGCAAGAAGAGGAAGCGUGGACAGGCGAAUGCUGCUAGGGAGCGAGCUGCGAAGGAGCAAGCCCGCCAGCCAGUCCAGCCUGUUGUUCAACAGCCUGCGGAUGUCCCAGCUGGUGGUGCGCCGGUUGCCCCAACCAGCAUUCCAGAACAGCCCCCAAACCAGAUCCUCUUCCUCACCAACCUCCCGGAGGAGACCAACGAGAUGAUGCUCUCAAUGCUCUUCAACCAGUUCCCCGGUUUCAAGGAGGUUCGGUUAGUCCCCGGUCGCCACGACAUCGCCUUUGUGGAGUUUGAGACUGAGACACAGUCUGCCGCAGCCAAGGAUGCUCUGCAGGGAUUCAAGAUUACGCCUUCAAAUGCUAUGAAAAUCUCAUUUGCAAAGAAGUAGAUCAUGCUUGGUCAUCACCAUUUCAGUGAAAUAUUAAUGCCAUUCUUCAUCAUAUACUUUCUUUUUACAUUUUUGUAGGUAGCUCGCAUAUCUCUAUGAUUUCCUAUGUUAUCAAUAUUUGGUAAUGCAUUUGCUAUUCAAACAUGUGUCAAGACCAUUGCACAGAGAAGCUGCAUACCAGUACAGUCAUUAAAGGAACUCUCCAGCUCAGGAUCAGUUUGCAUUUUAUAGCCAGUAAAGGCAAUUCUGAUUUAAUUGUUUGACCAUGUACUCCUGCUACUAAGUUCAGUGUUCUUCAAUUUGAUGAGUUUUAUUUCAAUUAAGAAUAAUGUUUGUUUUGAGUAAACUAAUCAACUGAUGGAGAGAGCCACUAUGACUUCCUUCAGCGCUCCUUGGUCAAUGUCGCACUGCCAUCAUUUUCAUGCAUUCAUUGAAAAGUUGUGAUUCUACUGGCCAAUGACACGUUAGCAGACGCCUGCAUUGCACGACAUGGCUUAUGUUAAUUAUAAUGUUGAUCUUUUUUAGCAAGGGUAAGUCUUUCAGUAUUUGUUUAAAGACGCCCAUUGCACGUUAAAGGGUCGUUUGCCCAUUGCACAACAGGGCUGAAAAUAACUUUGAAUGUGUUUGGUGUUCAUCUUGUACCACAUACGCUGGAAAUAAAACUGCAACCAUU